UCUUUCUUCUGAUGUGUCUACUGGGACUGCUUGUGGAGUCAGUGAGCGGGAGCUCGUUGAAGCACCAUUCUCAUUCAAGCUUCAUCCAUCGCAGACUGAACAGCCAGGAGAGGAGAGAGAUGCAGAAAGAGAUCUUGUCUAUCCUGGGCCUACCUCGCCGCCCCAAGCCUCUGCUCUCCUUCAAGCGCUCAUCUUCUGCCCCAGUCUUCAUGUUGGACCUGUACCGUACUUUAGCCAACGAGGAGUUGGACCGCUGGCAGGGGGCUUCGUUGCCUGUUCAUAUGUUCCAGAGCGCACACACACCCCUGGAAGAGACCCUCCUCAGUCAAGCAGAUACUGUAAUGAGCUUUGUUAAUGUAGUGGAGCACAAUGAAGAUGUUUUUCACCAUGAGGCACUGUGGAAAGAAUUUAAGUUUGAUUUAACUCAAAUCCCUCAAGGUGAAAUGGUAACUGCAGCAGAGUUUAGGAUCUACAAGAGAGCAAAUGAGAGUUUUCAUGGAAACAUGACUCUUCACAUCACAGUUUACCAAGUGCUGCAGGAGUUCGAGGACAGAGAACCAGAGCUCCUCCUAUUGGAUGAUCAGGAAGUGUGGCCUGCAGAGGAAGGCUGGCUGGAGUUUGAUAUCACGGCGACAAGUAAUCAUUGGCUGAUGGACCCUCGUUUUAACCUUGGCCUGCGGCUCUGUGUGGAGACCGAUGAAGGGCACAGUCUGGACCCCGACUCCGUUGGACUGGUGGGACGACGAGGGGCCCGUUCAAAGCAGCCAUUCAUGGUGACGUUCUUCAGAGCAAGUCAGGCCCCUGCUCGUAAAAGACGGGCUGCUAAACCACGCAGAGGUCGCAAGAAAUAUAGCCAAUCCAAUGAAUCCUGUGAAAGGCUGCCCAGUGUGUCAGGUCAUAAUUCUGGAGAUCAGGGGCACGUGUGCAAGAGGCAUGAAAUGUAUGUUAGCUUCCGAGACCUCAGGUGGCAGGACUGGAUCAUCGCACCAGAAGGAUACGCAGCCUUUUAUUGCGAUGGAGAAUGCUCAUUUCCACUUAACUCACACAUGAACGCAACCAACCAUGCAAUUGUUCAAACACUGGCUCACCUGUUGAAGCCGGACGCUGUUCCAAAACCGUGCUGCGCGCCAACCAAACUCACGGCUACAUCAGUACUCUACUUUGACGAGAAAUACAAUGUGAUAUUAAAAAAGUACCGGAACAUGGUGGUAAAGUCAUGUGGAUGCCAGUGAAAAGUGUACACUUGCUGCGUAUUUACCUUUGUCAAGUAUUAGGCAGCUGGAAGAAGCAAGGAAGACAAAGUCCCCAUGAGUCAUCAAACUAUACAGCAUUUAAUAUGGGAUUAAAAUAAAUAUCCGGGCAUACUGAAGAUUUAGACAUUUCAAUGACACUGAAGGCAAGAAGAACUAAGAUAAUAGGUGUGAUAAUAAAAUGAAGGUUUUUUCCAUGCAUGAACAAAAUUGGCAAUGGAGGCAGGACAUUGAGUUCUCAAGUCAGUAGCUAUGAAGAGGAUUUUAGCAAGAGUGGGGAUGUGGGAUUUGAUGGGCUUCGGUGUUUCAAGCACGUCAGGACCUUAGGUGCAAGCUACCACGAUUUAGGGCAAGCGAAACCAGGGCAGCUAACCCGCUCCCAGGAGGCCGUCGGGAUUUAAAUGAAGUUGGCUUGACCUGCCUUUGAGAUCCAACUUUGUGCAGACUUGAGAAAAAAUAUCACGCCAGCUAAAGCAGAUCAGGUAGACUGAAGCUCCUCAACUCCCUUUCUGACUCAGGAAUUAAUUCCAUGCCAUUCCAAACCAACACCCCCCUCCCCGACCAAACCAUUGCCUGAUGUAUCACUUACUUGUGAGAUCAUCCCAAACUGCAGGACACGGCCCACAACCCACUGCCUCGUUAUGUCAGGAUCUGAUUUCUUCAGUUCCUCCCUUAAAAUCUUUAAGCCUUAUUAGAAGGCAAGUCUGCCAGUCAAGCUGACUAUACGUGAGAAACAACACGCACAAAAUGCUGGUGGAACACAGCAGCCCA